GGGUAAUUAAGAAAAAGUGAUAACAAUAACAUGAGAGUGACGGAUACGGGUAACGAACGGCACAACCUGGCUCGACUACAUUAAUAAAAGGGAGUCGAGUGGUCAAAUCAUGAUGUUUUCGUGAUUUCUUGGUUAAAUAAGAUAGAGAGGGGAGGCGGGUGCGCGAGAGAGAUGAGAUGAGCAAGAGAAGGCGGGGAAUAGGGAUAGGGAUACACGAUGUCGUCCGGCCCGAGACAUGGAAGAGCCCGAAGAACCAAGGACAAAGGACCAAGGGGAGAGGAGUAGGUAUCACGGGAGGGGAUAAUGUACUUAGCGAAGCAAGAAAGCGAAUCCCAGGACAGGACAGGACAGGAUGUGGUAUGAAGAUAAGGGUAACUUGCACCCUCCAGAAUGGUCGUUCUCGUUACAAGAGAGGCACUCUUCGAUAGAUAGUCGAUAGUCGUAGGAUGAUGGAUCAUGAUCAUAGACCUUGCCGUCGGAGAAAGACUGCACGUCCUUCCCCUAGUUAGUCGUCAAUCAGCAGUUCAUUCCUCAUCAGCAGUCUCGAGCACCGCACCCCUGCCAAGAGGUGAGAAAGGCGGUGUAACAGGAGCAGUCCCCCCGCUGGCCAGGCUCUUGCCCCACGGGCUCGUCCCAGCCAUAGAAGUGGAAGUGCGUCGCGCGCUCGCCUGAUGCAGAGGUUGUUGUUGUUGCUGCUGGUUCUGCUGCUGCUGGUGGUCGACGAGCGCGAGCCUUCGCUGGCCUACACGUUGUAUGACGUCUUUCAGUUCCUGGACGACUUCCCCGGGCGGCCCUAUUCCCAUGCCCAUGCCCAUUCCUCUUCCUCUCGCUCUGGGGGAAACCGGCCCACCACCCAAAUUCGAACCCGAACCCUCAACCGAGCCCGACACCGACACAGAACAUCGCAUAGUCCUCCCCCCCGCACGCUCACGCUCAGCCUUCAACCUCUCGAUCCUCUCCUCCCUCGUCAAAGUCGACUUCUCCCUGCUCCAAGCACCCACCGCCCCUGCGUCCUCGAAAACCUGAACGAUCCCCAGCUGGGAGAAGUCAAAGGGUUCUUCGAGUGCCAGAGGCACUAGGGGGGGGAGGACACUGUCGAGGAUCUGGUGGGCGGAGCUCGUGCUCAUGUCGAACGGGUUUUGCGAAGGAGAGAAGAGAGGGAAGGGGUCUUCAGAGCCGGAAGAAGAAUGAUCUUUCAUCAACUCGGGUUCUUCUGCUUCUGCUUCUGCUUCUCCUUCCCCAACGCCCUCCUGACCAUCCGCCACUGCCUGCUCACUCAGCGCUCCCCCCCGCUCCGGCUUCUGGACGACCUCCACCAGCUCCCUCCUCCCCCGUUCAUACUCCUUAACCAAAACAGCAAGCAACGGUCUAAUCCCAUCCCAGACCUCCAGCGGGUCCCCCACUCCCUCAACUGCUCCCACACCUUCUUCCUGUCCCUGUCCCUGUCCCAGUGCCUGCUCCUCCAGCUCUCGGGAAACUCUCGCUCUCGACCUCCCCAAACCACGAGCAAGCGUCCACCCUCGAAGCGCAUGCGUGCUCCCCCGAACCACGUCCCCCGCCUGCUCCAGAGCGUCUAACACCCUAUUCGUCCGAUCCAAAAACCUAGCCGUCGCCGUCUGCCCAGGUGCAAAAC